ACGACACAACUGUCAUGGACCCCUGCACUCUUCCGGUACUGGGUCUUUGCCUCAUCGUUUUAGGUUGGCUGUAUCAACGGCAGAUUCGAACCAAAGACAAGCAACUUUACGGGCGAGCCAUCCCCGGACCCACUGGGUGGAGGAGUAUGAAGGCCUUUCUCAGCGGUGCUUUCAAUAACAACCUUCACAUCUUUGCCUGGGAGUGCGCCAGACGCUAUGGCGACGUCGUCCAAGUCACUCUUGGAAGCCAAGCCACAAUCUUUCUGAACAAUCCCAAGACGAUACGCAAGCUCUUCAGCGACAACGACAUCAAACGUUUCUCCAACGACAGACCCCCCUCCUUUAUCGGGAAGUACAUUGUGUAUGACACCCACAAUAUGGCCUUUACACAUCGCACAUCGGUACAGCAGCAGAGGAGAAAAGUUUUUCACCGCGUCUUGAAAUUUUACGGGGAAAAUGUGUGCCGUAUCGAAGGCAUCAUCGUCAAAGUUUUAUCCAAACUGACAGAACACAUGAAAAACAAGAGCGAGAUUGAGCUAACUGACCUUGUCUCUGAUACGGUUCUAGAAAUGAUUUAUAUUCUUUUAGCAGGUGAUCUCACAUCAAAGUCCCAAGAGAGCAUGAACGUGCUUAGACACUUCAACCGUAAGUGGGAGCAGUUCUUCGUCUUUGAAAUCGAGACUGUACUACAAUGCUUCCCCUUUUUAAGAAAAGUUCCGGGCCUCCCAUUUAAGCGAAAGUAUGAAACUUUGCUUCAGGCUCGCGACGACGUCAUGGAGCACUAUUUCCACGACAUGAAAAACACAUACAGUAAGGACCAGGAGCGGGGCAUUGUAGACUAUCUUUUGACAGCACAAGCAGAACUACUAGAAAGUGGGGACGAUUUCACCAUUACCGAUGACACUAUUAAAGCUUCCAUCUGCGAAACAACCGCAGCAGCUUAUGUCAGCAGCACCAGCACCGUCAGCACUCUCUUUCUCAUCUUAUUACAGCACCCAGACAUCCAAGAAAAAAUGUACACUGAGAUAGCUGGUGUCGUCGGCGCUGAGGAAACGCCCCAAUUACUACACAGGUCCCAACUUCCCUACGUCGAGGCCACAAUCCUAGAGACUCUGAGAUACACCACUGUUAGUCCUUUCCUCCUGCCUCACUAUACACGGACAGAUAUUUCAUUCGAAGGGAUGCAUAUACCACGGAACUCUGUUCUUGUGAUGAAUGCCUGGCAUUGUCACAGACGCGAGGACUUGUGGGAAGACCCCUGGACAUUCAAGCCGGAGAGAUUCCUGAAUGAGAAAGGCGAGCUCCUGGCCUCCAACCAUCCCGUUCGGAUGAACUUGGUGGCGUUUGGUGCUGGAAGUCGACAGUGUCCCGGGGAGACGUUCUCCAAGUCUCGGCUGUUCCUCAUCGUGGCUACCCUACUGAACAAUUUCGAGUUUUUCCCCUUAGAAGGAGUCCCACUGCCUUCCGAGGACCCACGAGACUGGCCUGACGGGAACGUUAUCAAAGCUCCCGAGCCAUUUCGUUGUGGUCUCCGAAAGCGACAUUAUGAAACAAAGGCCUAAAGCGAAAGAGGACUGCUACAGCAGACCCUGUUGUAUUCUUAUAAUAUGGUUAGAGAUCUGUUACUUUUAGUGGCUGGAUAGAUACUUUUAAAUGCGCUUGCCAUUUCGUAAAGUGCUUGAAUUAAGGCCGAAUUUAGUAAUAAAUACACGCCUAUUACCUACAAGGUGCACAAACACUAAUUACUCUUCUCCAUAUUAUAUUGUCAACAUAUUAUUUUUCACGAAAAGAAAAGAUUAUGUUUCUAGAAGAAAGGGUUAUGUUUUUCGAAUGUAACCCCCCAAGUAAAAAAAUAGAAAGACAGAAUUCCGUAGAACAAUGGUAACAUCUUACCCCUUCGCCGUCGCCGCCUUUUUUGACACGACUUAGUUGGACCGAAAGAGAAACUCAAUCUUGAUUUCGUUUCUACAGUACUCAUAAGAAGGGUUUUUUUGUUUCUUUCAAUAAAAAGAAUCAAUGGAGAAUACUAAAAAUAAAUAAUCAGACGGAAAUAUUUGGUUAUGUCCCUUGAUUUUAUGAUCCCGACGGUCAAAUUGUACUGUAGAUUUGUUCAUCCUUUUCAAGGGCAAAGGUUGAUUUGUUUGACAGGGUAUUGAGAGUCCAUCUUAUAUUUAACCAUAUAAAAACAGGAUAUGCAUUAGUAAUAGAUUCUACUACCCAUGUCACCACUUUAGAAGCACCCCCUCCCCCAAUCUUUUAAAAGGCUCACCUUUAUUAAGAGUUAAGGAAGGUGACAGACAUUAGCUUCAAAAUUUCGUCUCUGUAUGUGAAGAGAAGGAAUCAGAUUUGUGCCUCACCCUGAGAGAGAUCAAGAUUAUCACACGAAAGAAGUGGAAAGGAUUCUAACAAUAACAAACAGUCGAAUAUCUGGCUGCCUCUUUAACCCGGGUUGCUGACCAGAUAGUCAUCCGUUGGCCCGGUAUUACUAAACGUUUGUUCAAAAGCCACAACUUCUAACAUGGCAUGCUAAACAUUGACUCUGAUAUCGAUUUUUUUUAAAAACACUCAUCAAGAACAGGAAAUACAACCAAAUAGAGACAAAUAUUUUGGUGUAUUAUUUUAUCAUGAAUUUGUUUUGGAGGCAGGAUGUCAAAAUAUAUGCACAGCGGCAAUAGAAACUGUCCACUUGGAAAUAAGCCUGUAUUAUGAUUAUUAUUCAAUAUAUUUUAAAAAAUUUACGAAGACAUAUUUCAAAGUAAGUCAAGAAGUGACUUUAUGGUGGUGACAAACAUGCCCAGUGUGGGAAGAAAUAUUGCUUUUUUAUGAGUAAUUAUGGGAUGAAACAGUUGUAGGAGAGGCUGGGGAAGCUAAAAAUGCCUACAACUCAAAUUCCAUAAUUUUGAGCAGAAUCGGGACUUUGUGGAUGUACCCCUCUCCCCGCCCUUAAGUCUCCGUGUUGAAGCGGGGAUGUUGUCUAUUGUCCCAUAUUAUGCAUACUAUUAAGAUAUUAUCAUGUAAUGAUACACUGCAUUGUGAUGGUAUAAGCUAGUUGUGUUUGUUCGUUACAUCUUCAUCAUCUUUAUAAUUACCUAGAUCUAGUUAUUUCUUUAGCAGCCGUAAUCAUGAAAUAGCAUUAAGAUGUCUACAUAAGAGUUGUGAGCAUUGUCCUUGUCAUUAUGUUUCUGCUUGCCUUUUGUUCUCAAUAAAUACCUGUUGACUACUUUGACUUCUACAACAGCAAUAGUAGCAAUAGCUGUAGAAACAGCGACAGCAAUAACAACAACGAAAUCAAAAGCAACAACUACAGCAUUAUCUGUUUCCCAGACUGCUUAUCUGUAUAUCUGAAGUAAAACAUAUACUGCCAGCUUGUCUGUUUGUAUGUCUGUCUAUCUGUCAGUUUGUAUGCCUGUAUGUAUAUAUGCCUGCCCUGUCUGUCUAACACAUAAAUAUCUACCUCACUAACUAAUUACACCUAUCUGGAUUCAGCAUACAACUGAGUGUCCGAUCCUCAAGACUGAAAAUCAUAACUAUCAUUAAAACAUGCUCAAAUGUAUGUCGCAUUUUACGCGUGGAUCGUCAUUGUUGCUGAAAUAAAAAAUAAAAA